GGCCUUUAAAAGUUGCAUUCCAGUUAAAUGGCACUUUAUUCUGAGUUUAAAUUCUUAACUCGCAAAAAUAUUUUCAAUAAAAGUGUCUCUACUGUGAAAUAUUGGUGUAUACAUUAUUCUUACAGCAUUGCGAAAUUAGAUUUAUCUUCUUCUUUUUUUUCUUCUUUUUUAAAUGAACGCACCAGACUUGUUGCAGCUCAUGGUCUGGGUGCUGGCAUCCCGCUUCCCUACUCAUGUUACAGCUAUGACUCUAGUUAUCUGAGCCCCCCCCUCCUGGGUACAGCAUGUGCUCUGAGAAUCCACAACAUCCCCCUUCAGAAAAGCCCCUGUUGGAUAGGACAGAAUCCCCAGCGCCAUGUCCCGUAGCUUGAUAUACGAGUGUUCCACGAGUGUCUCGCGGUCGUCGCCUGGAUGCCUGUGGAUGUGUGCGUGUCGCUGUGUGUCCUCCUCUGUGUUUCGCUCUGUGUUUGCGCGCUGUUGUCCGUGUUCCCCGGUCUGAUCGCGCCGGUGUCUGACAGCCCCUGUCCUGUACUUAUGCAGCACAAGCUAAAGUCUUCGCAGAGGGACAAGGUACGGCAGUUCAUGUCCUUCACGCAGGCUGGGGAGAAGACGGCCGUGUACUGCCUCACGCAGAAUGAUUGGAAACUAGAAGUGGCCACAGACAACUACUUUCAGAACCCAGAUCUCUACUGCAAGGAAUCCAUGAAAACGUCGGUGGACCGAAAAAAGCUGGAGCAGCUGUACAAUCGCUACAAAGAUCCCCAGGAUGAAAACAAGAUCGGCAUUGACGGGAUCCAACAGUUUUGUGACGACCUCUCACUGGACCCGGCCAGUAUCAGCGUGCUUGUCGUCGCGUGGAAGUUUCGUGCUGCCACUCAGUGCGAGUUCACCAAGAAGGAGUUUCUGGAUGGAAUGACCGAGCUGGGGUGUGACAGCCCCGAAAAACUGAAGGCCCUCUUGCCACGGUUGGAGCAGGAGCUCAAAGAUAGUGGGAAGUUCAAGGACUUCUACCAGUUCACCUUUAACUUUGCCAAAAAUCCUGGCCAGAAGGGUCUAGACCUGGAGAUGGCCGUAGCCUACUGGAACCUGGUUCUGUCGGGAAGGUUUAAGUUCCUCGAUCUUUGGAACAGAUUCCUUUUGGAACAUCAUAAACGAUCCAUCCCAAAGGACACAUGGAACCUAUUGUUGGACUUUGGGAGCAUGAUUGCGGACGAUAUGGACAACUAUGAUGAGGAAGGCGCGUGGCCGGUCCUUAUAGAUGAUUUUGUGGAAUUCGCCCGACCAAUUGUAACAGGAUCAAAACGUAAAACUCUCUAAAUCCAAUCCCGACUGGAGAGCCAGAACCUCGUUUCUUUUACAGUGACUUCAUAGUUUUUUUUUUUUUUUUUCAAGACUUGUACAAAAAACAACAAAAAAAAACAUUGCAGACUUUAAAGAGAAAACGGAAGCACUUUAACACCUUCCAGCGAGCGGACUGAACACUAUGAGAAGUGGAGCAGCCGUGUUCUUUGAGGGGUCGUACGGACGCCGCCGGUCUCACCGACGUCUCUGCGGUUCUCCGCGUCCCGGACGUCCCUCUGCUCGGCUCCAGGAGGAGCGCCACGCGUCAGUGGGGGAGGGGGUUCAUCGGCUGUUUGGACUCUAAAGGGACUGAAGAAGCAAAAACUGUGUUUUAAGACUCUCCCUCGUCAGCUUUGUUUUGUCACGUGAAGUUUAGGGGCAAAGGUGCAAAGCUUGUCUUACUCUUAACUUCAGGACCGAGUGCUCACUACACCAGCACCAACAGAACUACAGUUUUUACUGUACAUACUGUAUCUAUUGGGACAGUUUACAAAGAGAGCUAUACGAAGAAUAAUAUAAAUACGUUCAAUUUAUAAAGGCAGAAGGUGGUUAUUUUAUGUACAGUAAAUGCUAAGAUCCCCUAUCGGGACGCCUCAACAUAGUGGAUGAUAUGCUGUCGGUUUAAUUGUUAGAUGGAUCUGUCAAGUCAUGGAAUUGUGAGCUUCUCAUUGAAAGCAUGUUGAGCGCUUUUUACGUCCCCUCGGGCUGGUUUCACACAUUCAUUUUCACUAAAGUGAAGGCAAGGCUUUGAUUUGGAAGGAAGUGAUGUCGGUUGGUGAUAUUCAUUUGUCAGAAUAAUCCGCGGGGAGUCGGCCCCCGAAUCCUUCGAGGGGCCGAGUCCACAGCACCAAAAAAAAAAAACCCAUUUCUUUCUAACUGUUAAGGAAGAGUAUUUUGUCCCUUUUCUGAUUCUGCAGCAUUUAAAUUGAAUUCAAAGUGAAGAAAGAGACUUCCCCGUAGCAUCGCAUGAUACAUAUCUGUAUGUUACAGCGGCACAAAGCCUUAAGUUCAGAAGCCAGGAAACUAAAGAGAGAACAACCGGUCGAAAAAGUAAGCCUUAAGGAUAAAUAUCUGUCUGUCCAAUAUUUAUAUUUCAUACGCGCCCAUCUGUCCAGUAGUGAAAGUUAGAAUAUAUUGUUAAUACAUCAUGUAAGUAGCCGAAGUAUAUUGUUCAUUACAGAAAGAUGGAAUAAAGCAUGAGUUUUCCCAUAAUCAUUCACACAAAUAGUUCAUUUGUUGAUCAGUAGCUGCUCACACACGCAAGGGUUUGAAAAGCAGUUAUGGUAAACACAGCGUGAAAAAACGUGUGUUAAAGAAAGCUUUAAUAUUUUUUUUCUCCCUCUUUUUUUCAGAUUUUCCCUCCAUGUUGUUAAUUGUUAAUAAUAAAGUUAAUUUAACAAGAUG